AUGGGUGGUAUAGGCAAGACCACUCUCGCUAGAGCCGUAUUUGACAAGUUGAAAGCACACUUUGAAGCUUUCUGCUUCAUUAAAAAUGUCAGACAAAAGCUAGCAGAAAGAAAUGGAUUGGAUGAAUUGCAAGAAAAAUGCCUUAAAGAAUUGUUAAAAGAUGAUGAUAUUAACGCUUACGAUUUAAGAUCUGAUUUUGUGAGAAAAAGGCUUCAGUGUAAGAAAAUUCUUCUAAUACUUGAUGAUGUGGACAAUUCUAUAGCAAUUGAAGAUUUAAAGAAAGCAUGCGAUUGGUUUGGGGAAGGAAGUAGAGUUAUUAUCACAUCAAGAGAUAGGCAUGUGCUUGAGGAUGAUUCUGUCUCUGCAAGUGCAACAUAUCAUGUUCUGAAAUUGGAUCCCCAUCAUGCCCUUCAUCUCUUUAGUUUGAAUGCUUUCAACCAAAAUGAGCCAUUGAAAUGCUAUUUGGAGUUAUCGAAGUGGGUAGUGGAUUAUUGUCAAGGAAAUCCAUUAGCUCUAAAAGUACUGGGUCGCUUUCUUCAUGGCAGAGGCAAAGAAGAGUGGGAAAGUGCUUUGGCGAAACUAAAUCAAACUCCUCACAAUGACAUUUUUAAUGUGCUAAAAUUGAGUUUUGAUGGACUUGAUGACAUACAGAAGAAUGCAUUUCUUGAUCUUGCAUUUUUGUUGAACGCAGGAUGGAGGAUUUCUCAGGACUAUGCAAGACACUUAUAUGGUUCUAUUGCAAAUAUUGAGAUAAAUAUACUUGAAGAGAGAUCCCUCAUCUCAGUGGAUGAUGGUAUUGAGAUGCAUGCUCUACUAAUCGAUAUGGGUCUUGAAAUUUCUAAACAACAAUUAAAAUCUAAUCCUGACAAUCCCAUUCGGCUGUGGAGGCAUGAGGAUAUUUAUCGUUAUUUUUCCAACAAUGACAAGGGGAUUGAGGCAAUUCGAUGCAUGUCAUUGGAUGCAAGCCAAAUAGAAAGCAUGACAUUGAGGGCUAGUCAUUUUCAAAGGAUGCGUUAUUUAAUGUUCCUUAAUGUUUACAAGUCUGAUCAGAGAAAUCCUUCAAAGUUGAAUAUUUGUGAAGAGUUGGAUUAUCUUUCAAAAGAAUUAAGGUUUCUUAGUUGGCAAGAAUAUCCACUGCCAUCUGUGCCAUUACAAUUUUGUGCUAAGAAUCUCAUUGAACUUAACAUGCCUCGUAGUAAUAUCCAACAGCUUUGGGAUGGAAAUCAGCAAUUUCCAAAUCUAAAGAAAAUAUAUCUAUGGAAUUCAAAAAAUCUCAUGGCACUCCCAGAUUUGUCUCAAGCCCCGAAGAUUGAGUGGAUGAGUCUUGGUGGUUGUGUGAAUUUAGAUCAAAUCCAUUCUUCAACUGUCCUGGAAAAGGAUGUCAAUUUAUUUAUAAAAGAUUGUGGGCCAAUACAGAUAAAUAUUGGGGGUUAG